AUGUCAGCCGGGUCGGCAGAGUACGGAGAGAAGGGAUCGAAGGGUACGGGUUCGGAAGCAUCCAGCUCAAGCGGGUUGCUGGCUGGGGCUGGUGGAGCUGAGACUUCCUCACUCUCAUUUGAUGGAGACUGUGAUGGAGGGGAGGACAGAGGAGACUCAGAUGGUACAGGAGAUGAUGCUGGCGUUGCAGAUGAUGCUGGUGCUGCAGAUGAUGCUGGUGUUGCAGAUGAUGCUGGUGAUGGAGAUGAUGCUGGGGUUGCAAGCGAUGGAGAUGAUGUUGGUGUUGCAGAUGACAUUGGCGAUGGAGACGAAUUCGGUGAUGAUGUUGGUGAUGGAGAUGAGGUUGGAGAAGGUGAAGAUGGAGAUGAAUGUGGGGAAAAAGAAGGCGCCUCCUGA